CAUCCAUCCAGCUGCCCUGGAAAAUCGGUCGGCAUUGAGUUUCUCACUAUAAUAACGGUUUUAUAGUGUGAAACUCUACGUCGGUCGGCACACCUACCCAUAGAGUUUCUCACUACCCACCGUAUCCAUGCUCUAGUACCUCCAUGCUCUAGUGGCUGUGGUCAUUGACAUCGCCAGGCCAGCGCUUGUGCUUGCCCGACGUUGCCCGUGUGAACGUCGUGCUGAGGAACUGAACGUGUCCCCGAAGCUUGUGUUUUCACAAUGGCUUAAUAUGUGGUUUGGUGCCCGUUUGCGUUGUGCGACCUUCCUUCAACGAUCGAUGACGUGCCGUCGUGCGCGAGUUCGCUCAAACAGGGUCUAGCCGUUCAUGACUCGAGUGGCAAUACAACGACAGUCGCGCCAUGCCAAAGGACGAACCUCCGCGCUGCGCCGUGUGCGGCCUCCAGCGCGCCCCGAACGCCGUGCUGCUCCCGUUCCCCGACCGGCGACAGUCGAAGCUUUACGGCGCCUGGCUCGACUUCGUGCGAGGCUGCCCCGGCAAAGACAACUGGCUGCCCGACAGUCGCACCGGCUUCGUCUGUACGCUGCACUUCACCUGCAGGUGGCUCAGGCGCUCGGCCUUCUACAACAAUUCACUGUUACUCAGAACGGCCACGGUGCCCACGCUCUACACGUGCCCGGAGAAACGCCGCCGCAUCGCCGAGGCAAACAGCAGCAGCAGCAGCGCUGCAGCUGCCCAGGCGGUGCAGGGACAAGACAUCUCGCUUGCUUCUACGAACACCAAGCACUGCCAAAUGCCAGAUAUGUACGACACAAACCAGCUCCCGGUAAAAACUGGCCAAGGCUGCUCUCACGCCUGGGACAGGAAGCCCGACAACUGCCCGACAAUGAGCGGCUACUCCACCAGCUCGGUGGACCUGCCCAUGCCACACCUGAAGCAGGAGCAAAGCAACCGUAUUGCCCUAGCCAGUGGCAGUAGCAGCACCAGCAGCACCAGUACCACUGUGGUUGCCAAGGCACGCUCUGUCCCCAAGAAACCUGUGAGCAGUGCAGAAAUCUCGAGUGCACACAGUCUUCCAGAUACAGGUCGUGUUCCCGUCUAUGCCAGUGUACGACGUACAAUUGGGCCCCGUCGUACACUGUCUGGAGACACAGAUGCGACGGCGGGAGCGGCACGGAGCACGGGUACCACGGAAUUGGAGAGGCCUCGAUUAGGCGUCCUCACCAGGUUGGCACAGAACCUUGUGAAGAACGUGAAGGACUCUGAGCAGCAGGAAACAGGCCUUGCUGCCAGCAGAGAUGACAACGUUCGUGAUUUGGAUGCUGGAGGAGAGGACUUUACUGCUGCAUCUUUUGGGCUCUGGAGCGAGGAAGAGACCAAGCUGCUUCUAGAUUACUACACAACGUACACGCGCCAGGUUGGGCCCCACGACCGUUUCAAGACAAAAAAACUCAUGUAUGAGGAAAUUGCUCGCGAAAUGUCUCGCGUGUUAAAUACACAGCGCACCCCAGAGCAAUGCAGGUCUAGAUUGACCACUUUGCGAAAACAGAGGAGGAAGGCUGACAAGAAUUACGAAGCAUCCGGCGAUGUCGGGUGUUGUGCUCCCCGUGAAGCCGAGUCUGCCGUCGACGACGUCCUUGUGCCAGAGGUGAUUCUGGAGUGUGAAAAGUGACCUAACUGUGCAACCCACGUGGCACUUCCGAUGGGACAGAAAUCGUCUGCCCGUGUGACAACCACCCCAUCCACAAGUAAGGGGCUACUGCAGGGGAAAUGGAGAUGACGGGGAGCAUUCUUUUUGGGGCUUCAAACAGUGAUUGUAUCAGGCACAUCAGCAUCUUUUUUGAAAAAGAAGUAGAUCGUGCCAGCGGCCAGUUGCCCAGAUACCCCUUCACGACAUUACCGUCGAAUUGUUGACUUCCGAAAGCUUCUGUGAGUGGCCUAGACAUAUAAAAGUCACAUGGUGGCAAGUCAUAGUUAUAGGGAGGGUGUUCCAGCGGUGUCCAACCCAUUUCCCAUAACUUUCUACGUGACGUGUGACAGCUGCACUGUGAGGUCUGGCUCACAAUGCAGUACUGCCUCACAGUGCAAGUAUUGAUUGGUCAGACCUUUUGUGGCGAUAAGCAAGUUUAGCUUCACUGAAAAGCUCAUCGUAAUAUGCAGCGUUGAUGGUGUGACGAUCAUGCAAGGAAUAAAUGUGGCUCUGACGGGGGCUGCCUCACCUUUCUUUCUGUUCUUCAUGCAUGCUUGUUUUGACUCGGACAUGCAUAGGUGCACCCAGCUUUUAUCGCAGCUAAAAAGUCACUUCGAACAAUCAUCACGCUGAGGGUCGCUCUCACACGUACAAAUGUGCCGACCACGGUGUAAGAAGAUAUCCGACGGCGCGCUGGGCCGAGAGAGCGGCCACUUCGUGUGACCGGAAGUGAGCGCCGCCGCUAGGGGCAGCACGUGUUCAGGAGGCCUUGGAGAAGCGGCGCAACAGUGGAUAAUUUACGACCUCCGCCAGCACACCCAUACCCAAAGAUAUGCAAUUUUUCGUUAUUUAGACGCCAAAUCCUGAGCAGGUAGAAGGUUUCAUGCCACUUAAUGUCAAAAUACCGUCAUUUCGAACACGAGAGAGACGCGUCGUCUGCUCGAGCAGACGGCGCGCUGCGCUUACCGCUGCUCGCCGCGUCGGAGUCAAUCGGAAUGUUGGCAGAAAUAUAAAGGGACGUUCCUCCAACCAAGUAGAGUCGUUUUAAGCAGGCGA